AUGAUGCCCACCACAACUGUCUCUCAACUGAUCCCUGCACUGGCUAAUCCUUCAGACUUCGGUACGAUGAGCCACCCAGUUCAUCCUCUCUCGCCAAUGCUGGCCUCACCGUUUCCAAAUGAACCUGAUAGCGUUCGUAGAGUCAAUGCGGCAGCUUUGGCAUCAAAUCCAUUGUUCGUGAGUGCGGUGGAGAACGCCACAGCGGCUGCUUUGAUUUCCAAGCUUGCCACUGCCCUUUCGCAUGUAAAUGACUCAAUGGUCCAAUCACUAGCCAACAAAGAUUCCACUGAAUCCGUUGCUUCUGCACUAACGGAAGCAGUGCAACUGUUGGCAGCGAUGACAGCGCCAACAGUCAACUUGAAUAAAUCUGUCUCGAAAGUUCCUCAGGGCAUUAAACGAACGCCAUCAGAUGUGCGUGCGCCUUUACUUAACCCGACAGCUCCUGAGUCAAGCACAUUGUGUGCAACUGCACUAGAAAACGCCCCAUUAGCUACCCUGGUUGCUCCGGAGGCUGCUGCUCUCUCGAGUGAACUGAAGUCAAUAGCCCAGGGAUUGGCAAACAACGAUGUGACUGACUCGCUCCUUUCUGCACUAAAUCAAGCAACCCAGAAGCUGGCAACAAUAACAGGCGUCACUAUCGAACUGAACAGUUCGGUGGCCCAAAUGAUGGCUGACUAUGCAGUCACUGGGUAG